UUUCAUCAUAUUUAAAAAUUAAUACUUUUCAUAAAAUACUAAUCAUGAAAUUGCUGUCUUUAUUGUAUUUUGUUAGCAGUGUAGUUUUCGUGAAUUCAUUAGAAUGUACACAUCAAGAUGAAAGCAACAAUCAUACCCAAGCUAUAUUUAAACACCGUGAAAAUUUGGCGAAUGGCUAUAAUGGAACAUUAAGUCCUCUAGAUCCUCUGCAUGUUGGAAAUUUGACCUUCUCUGACAACAUUGAAAAUGACGUGGUAAACAUUACAAUACAUGAAGCAAUAAUUACAGGUUUAUCUUCAUUUAAUUCUGUUAAGAAUUGUUUAUUAAGCAAUGGCUCCUUUGUGUCUUUAAUUGGUAUACCAAGCUUAAAUGUCGCAGGAAACUACAGUACAGUUUCAGAAAUUCUCGGUGUGUCAAGGGGUACAAUUAGUGCAACAUUAAAUAAUAUCGAGAUAUCCAUUAACGGAACUUUAUCGCGAGAUCAAAGGAACCCAGUCAGCAAUCUAACAAUGUCUGUGAUAUGGGACCCUACUGCCAUGACAAAUAUUGAAAUCAAAGGUAAAAAUAUUUCUGAAAACUAUGUAAAAUAUUUGAAGGACACUCGUUACUUAGGGAAGAUUUUGAAUCUAACCUACUCAACCUACCAGCCUGAUGUUAUCCAGUUUCUUACUAAUUACUUCAACGCCAUCGAAAACCGAUACACUCCGAAACACCAAUAAUAGCAAUCUCUAUUACUAUUGAUUUAUGUAUGAAGCUCGUUAAUAAAUUCAUGCGAGAUUA